UAAAUCCUCUUUUUCCAUUCUUUCUUUCCUCUCCUUGACAAAUUCCCCUUUUCAAUUGACACUUUCUCUUCACUUCACACUUCUCUCUCUCUAAACUUCACUUCACACUUCUCUCUCUCUAAACUUCACUUCCUUUCUCCUCCUCACAAUGGCUUCUCUCCCAAAAACACCCAUCCCCGCUGUUCUCCUCGCCUUGGUCAUAGCUCUCUUCCCGCCGGCAACACGAUCCGACGACACCUGUCCAUAUCCCUGUUACCCUCCGCCCACAGGCUCUGGCACCACCACGCCGGCGACUCUAUCUCCGCCGUCCCAAACAGGCUAUAGCUCCUACUCUCCUCCCGCGUACUACUCUCCGCCGGCUGCUUAUUACCCAUAUAACCCGCCGACGUCGGACGGCAACAGCUUUGACGGCGUAACUCCACCGCCGCCGGACCCGAUUCUGCCGUACUUCCCUUAUUACUAUAAGAAGCCUCCCCACAAACCGGAUGAUGAAUCGGGUGGCUCCGCCGUCGCCGGACGGAAAUCUGAGGUCGGAUUGCUCGCCGGAACUUUUGUGCUUAUAGCUCUCUCUCUCUUCUCUUUCAUUUUGAUGUAAUGAAAAAAAAAGUAGUUACCUGCUUUUAAUUUAAUGAAUUAAUUAUAAAUUUUUAUUUAUUUA